AUGGCAGCCGCUAGUGACAAAAGCCAACGAGCUUCUUCGGCCGUGCUAACCGUUGCACUGAGAACUAAUUACGACCUGCGACGCUGUUCAGCGGGCACCGAAUGGAACGAAGGGUUAGAAUAUCUACAGUACCUUCACGAAACGAAACCAAUUGCACCGAAAUGCCCACCGACACGGGAUGAGCUGAUCGCUUCCGGCGUGCUGCCGGCAGAUGCGGCACAAGACAUGACAUCCGGCGCUGUCGAUCCGGAAGCUCUGUUUGAUGAGCUGUUCGAAGUUGACAUCGACUAUCUGAAGAGUUUGGAUCCGAAGGAUUGGAAAAAUCAGGACCAUUACGCAGUGCUUGGACUGAAGAAGAUGAGAUUUGAGGCGACCGAUGACGACAUCAAACGGGCAUAUCGCAAGAUAGUAUUGAAGCACCAUCCAGACAAACGAAAAGCACUGGGCGAAAAUGUAAAGCAGGACGAUGAUUACUUUCAUUGCAUCACGAUGGCGUACGAAACGCUCGGCACCCUGAAGAACCGUCGUGCCUUCGACUCUAUCGAUCCCGAAUUUGACGAUGCGCUUCCGUCCCAGUCCGAGGUGGAAAAGGAUUUCUUCGGCAUGCUCCGGGACGUGUUCAGACGCAAUGCCCGUUGGAACGAAUCGCGGAAAUCAGCACCCCAGCUGGGCGACGAUAGUACGUCCCGCGAGGCGGUAGAACACUUUUACGACUUUUGGUACAACUUCCAGAGCUGGCGUGAGUUCAGCUAUCUCGAUGAGGAGGACAAGGAGAAGGGUCAGGAUCGGGAGGAACGCCGUUGGAUUGAAAAACAGAACAAAGCCAUCCGGUUGAAACGUAAGAAGGAAGAAUCGGCUCGGAUCCGUUCGCUGGUGGAUUUGGCGUACAACAACGAUCCACGCGUAGUCCGAUUCAAGCGAGAGGAAAAAGAACGCAAACUGGCAGCCAAGCGGGCAAAACAGACCGCCUACCAGGUGCAGAAGGCGGAGGAGGAACGUGCGGUUAAGGAAGCGGCAGAAGCAAAACAGCGUGCCGAGGAGGCAGAACAGAAGCGCAUCGAGCAAAUACAGAUCGAACGUGAGCGGACGAAGCGUAUAAUGAAGAAGGAGCGCAAAUUGUUCCGCGAUACGGCCAAGGGCAAGGAUUAUUUUGCCACGAACGACAAGGAACGGUUGAAGCAUCUGGAGGGUGUGGAGAAGCUGAUCGAUUCGUUCAAGCUGCUCGAGCUGCAAGAUUUCAACAAGGAGCUAGCGACGGGCGGACGGGACGUUUUUGUCAAAGCGCUCGACGAUCUGGAGGCUAAGCGUGAGCAGGAACGCAUCGUCGCCCAGCAGACGGCGCAGAUACCGAACAAUGCCGGACUGAAAGUUGUCAAUCGGAAGGCUAUGUGGACGCACGAUAAUGUGCAGUUGCUGAUAAAGGCCGUGAAUCUGUUCCCGGCCGGAACGAUUUCCCGUUGGGAGGUGAUAGCGAACUAUCUGAACCAGCACGGCACGGAACUGGGCGAUAUGCGGUUCUACGCUAAGGACGCCCUGAACAAGGCGAAGGAACUGCAGGCAGGUGAUUUCUCCAAGAGUGACCUUAAGACGGUAGUUAACCAGCAGGCGUACGAAUCGUUCGAACGCAGUAAAAAGGAUCUCAAGAUAAUCGACAAUUCGGAGAUCAGCAUGAAGGAGGCAACCGAGGCAGCGGCCAAGGAGAAGGGACAGCACGAAAGUAAACCUAAGCCGGCAGCGGUUGAGAAGAAAACGGUAGUCGCAUCACCGAUAGUAAAUGGCGGAACGAAGGGCCAUGUAACGACGGAAGAAAACGGUGCCGCUGCCGAGGGCAAGGAAAAUCGCAACAAGCAACCGAAGCAGGCUGUGAAAGAGGAUAAACCGCUGGUGAACGGAACGACGACGGAGGAUAGCAAUAAUAAACUUAAUAAUACUGCCCCGGUGACCGGUGAAGGGAAAACGAAACCCGCCGGCGGUGGUACGGCGGCCAAAAAGGAUGCGAAUCGGGUCUGGAGCAAGGAGGAACAGGCGCUGCUUGAGCAAGCCAUCAAGACGUACCCGGUGUCGUGUGGUCCGGAUCGCUGGGACCGGAUAGCGGAGUGUAUACCGAACCGGACGAAAAAGGAUUGCAUGCGGCGAGUGAAGGAGCUGGUCGAUCUGGUCAACGCCAAGCGUGAGGCGCAGCAGAGUGUAAAGUAG